AUGCCCGGACCUUUAAAGAUGUCUCAAAGGCUGCAGAAAGCCAAAGACAAGGCAGGUGAAUUUUUUGACGAAGCUAUUGCUUCAAGCAGAGAGUUUCUCAAGAAACACAGUGCACCAAUGGAUGAAGGCGACGACGACAUUGGGACCGUUGAGCGCCUUGUUGGCCCUCCAAGGCCAAUAUUUGAUGAGCUUUGGACGAGAGAAGAUGAAGCAUCACUGCGUAACGCAUGGGAGAUGUCACAGCUACAUGACGACCUUCGAAGUACUUCUCGGGUCAAGUUUAUGGCUAAGCUUUGGACGGCAUGCUACAACACAAUGCAUUGUUCGCCUUGUGCCCUCGUGUCACCAAGAUACAAGCUUAUAUUUCAGGGUUCUAUAAGCCCCAAACACGAUGACAGUCCCGAACCCGAUAAUAGUCUUGGACAAGUGGAGAAAAUUGUUGCCCAGCUCGUUGCUCCCACCCAAGGAGCCAGCAAUGCCAUAUCUACCUUGGUAUGCCACCCCCUCUGGCAGGGGAACCCAUCAUUUCUAGCCACUGCUAUUCAGUGUGCUGUUAUCUGCCGUACCGACGACAGGCGACCAUGGGUAAUGGCCCUAACCGCCCGGAAUAUUCCUGAAAUAGAAGCUCUAAGAGAGCGCGUUGCUUGUCCUCAGACUGAGCCUAUCAGCGCGACACUGGCUCAGUGUGUGCAAGGUAUCAGUGGGGGUGACGUUGUGCCGACCCUUCUAGCCUUUCUUGACUGGCUUGCGCAGAGGAUCAAACGCCCAGAGAUGGCUGAGGUCGAGGGUGACGGCGGCAUGUACCAUGUUCAGCUCAGGGACCUAAACAACAUCAUCGGAGCCCUUGAUACGUUCACCUGCCGUGGGUUCCCCAGGUUUAUGAACACGGAGUUCAUAGAGGCAGCCACACGGUGGAGUUUGUCACAGCUAUCGUUCCCUAAGCAAGCUGAGGUAGUGGCUUUGCACGAACGCUCGACGCUUCAUGAGCUACGAAUGUUCUCUCGCAGCCAAAGGCGCAUGGGGAGAGACUCACCCAUGGACAUGGAUAUGGAUCAGGAGCAUGAUGGCAGGCCCGAAGCGAUCAAGGGGCCAGGGCCAGAGCUAGAGGUAUAA